CUCUAGCCAUGCACAUCCGUUUCCAACCCUCUGACGGAAAGGCAUUGCGUUGACAUUUCACAGUGGAACAAGCAAAACAACAUGCCCGGUGCCGAUAAAAAUACGGACCUUUCGGAGAGAAUAGAGGCUUUUUUAGCCGACCUGAAGCGUGGAGGCACCGGGGCUGGACCGCUGCGUGGCUCGGCUGAAACUGCCAGAGAAACGACUGCCUUGCUCCGCAGAAUAACAGCCCAGGCACGAUGGAGCAGUGCAGGCGAUCUGAUGGAGAUCAUCCGGAAAGAGGGGAGGAGGAUGACGGCAGCCCAGCCGUCCGAGACCACGGUCGGUAACAUGGUCCGCAGGGUGCUGAAGAUCAUCAGGGAGGAGUAUGCUCGGUCAAGGGGAAGCAGCGAGGAGACGGAUCAGCAGGAGUCUCUCCAUAAGCUGCUGACCUCAGGAGGUCUCAGCGAGGAGAACUUCAGACAGCACUUUCCUACUCUCAAAGCCAAUGUGAUCGAGGCCAUCAACGAGUUACUCACUGAGCUUGAGGGCACAACCUACAACAUCGCCAUGCAGGCCCUGGAGCACAUCCACUCCAACGAGGUCAUCAUGACCAUCGGCCGCUCGCGCACCGUGGAGGACUUCCUCAAGGACGCAGCACGCAAGCGCAAGUUCCACGUUAUCGUGGCCGAGUGCGCCCCCUUCUGCCAGGGACACAAAAUGGCGACCAGCCUCUCGCAGGCAGAGAUCGAGACGACAGUUAUUCCAGACGCUGCUAUAUUCGCCGUGAUGUCUCGUGUCAAUAAGGUCAUCAUCGGCACGCAGACGGUGCUCGCCAACGGAGGACUGCGGGCCGUCAACGGCACGCACACGUUGGCCCUCGCCGCCAAACACCACUCCACGCCUCUGAUCGUGUGCGCCCCCAUGUUCAAACUCUCGCCUCAGUUCCCAAACGGGGAAGACACUUUUCACAAGUUCGUAUCACCCCAUGAGGUCCUACCAUUCACCGAAGGGGAGAUCCUGUCCAAGGUCAACGUGUACUGCCCGGUGUUCGACUACGUUCCGCCGGAGCUCAUCACGCUCUUCAUCUCCAACAUCGGGGGCAACGCACCGUCGUACAUCUACCGGCUGAUGAGCGAGCUGUAUCACCCCGAGGACCAUGAGCUGUAGCCAGGUCCAGAGGACAGACCAACCAAAAUAAAAACCUGCUGACCAAACCCUCUACCUUUCUUUUUUUUUUUAUAAUUUUAAGAAUAUUUUAAUAUUAUUUUAUAUCAAGUUUGGAACUGUCAGUGAGUAGGGAAAGCUUUUUAUGCUUUGAUUGUUUUCAGUCAAACUAAUACAUUUUUGGUAAGUAUACGCUAGGCUACCUUAGUUUUCUACAUUCUAUUGAGUGUGACUGCUGAUACAUUCCCACACUAAUUAAAUACUGUUAAGAGAUCAAUUAAAAAGUUAUUUUCUUAUUGUGGAUUAUAAUUGUGUUUGAAGUAUCAGUAGCACUAGUAGCAGUCCGAGAAACGUGUUCCAUUUCUUAUUUUAGUGUCGACCAUUAAAUAAGUGUGGACCCGCUGGUUAAAUAUAUACACACAUUAAUACCACAAACGACCAAUAGGAGGCAAUCUUGUACACAUGUUACUAAAUAGGAUACGGAUUGUAAAAUGAAAACAAGAUACUAUCCGCCACGGAUUAUUGUGAUCAUGUAUGAGCCAAAGUGACCACUGGUCUCGCGUAGCCUACACAUUUUCGAAAAGAAAAUUUUUAAAUGUGCUAAAAAGACUGAGUCCCGCUAUAUUAUUCAGGCUGAACUACAGCGUCUAUUCACGGGCGCGAACCCACUACUGAGCGGCACGGGGGCUUUGACCUGCUCCGUUUCCGACCUGGGCCGAUUCACCCCUCCUUAGACGACCUGGUAGUCCCGGGCUCCCCCAGGAGCACCAUAUCGAUACCGAACUUAGCGCGGACACCCGAUCGACAUAGCCCACUGCAG